CGUCGCGCGGCCGACCGCAGUCGUCCACCGCGAGUUUGCCCUCGCCGUCGCGCGGACCUGCCACUCCGCCGGCGACCAGGAGUAGCUGCCGCACGUGCUCUGCGCCUCGGGUGCGAGGUGGAAGCGCCGACUUGCCGAGAGGAAAAGUAAGAAGCUGGGGAAAUCGCGCGAGCGGCGACACCGCUGCGAUGAAGCGAGCGGAGCGGGGUUUUCUUUGCUGAAAUGAGAAUUGAACGCGGUUCAUCAGUGAGCUCAACCAGUGGAAGUGGAGCAGCGACGGAAGGACACUAUCGAGGAAGUUGCCGCACGAGGGCUCGAGAACUUUCGUCGACGAUCGAAGACCGAUAAUAGAGACGCUUCGAACGAGAUCGAUCGGAUUCUUCCGACGAAGCUGUUCUUUCGGGAUCGUGCGAUCAAUUGCGAGUGCAAUCCUGCCGACUGAACGGUUAAUCGAGCCGUGAUCUUUACGAUCGGAUUCUUCAAAGAGUCAACGAGUACGUGCAUUCGACGACAGUUGUUACAUCAUUAGACAUUCUCAAGGGGAAUUCCGAGUAAAAGAAGAAUAUCCAGCUUCAUCAAGGACACGUCUAACCGCACAUUUCCGCGCGCGGCUAUCGGAGCGGAAUAAAAAUAGAAGACGGACGACGACGCGCGGAAGGAAGCGCCGAGAAGCAGAUCAUCAGUUCUCACAGCGGAAAAGGUGGUCAUUGCAAGAAAACCUUCCUGUCGUCAUCUGACGUGCGCUCAUAGGUGUACAAUUAUAUAGUCAGCCUUUUUUUCUCUCUCGUCGUCCGCCUCUUUCCGCCUUUCCGGCUUUCGUGUCACAUCCACGUCUUAUUGCCGUGAAAGCGAAGUCACUUCCUGCGUGAGUCGAACGCGCAGCGCCCGCCAGGACGACGAUCGCCUCGACCAAGACGCGACGACGCAAUGUCGACAAGCUGAAUCGGAGCGGAGAAACGAACACACUAAGGAAUAUCGAAGCGAGCGGGAGAUUCUCGGGGACAGCGGAUGCCACUCGGAAGCUGAGGAGCACCGCGGGCCGACACACCAUAAAAAAUCAACAGAUACGGCACGUGAUCGCUCGCCAUCAUGCCGCACACCGGACAAGCCGGGGUGAAUCAAUUAGGCGGCGUCUUUGUGAACGGCAGGCCGCUGCCGGACUGCGUGCGCCAGAGGAUCGUGCAGCUCGCCAUGGUCGGCGUCAGGCCGUGCGACAUAUCGCGGCAGCUACUCGUGUCCCACGGCUGCGUCUCCAAGAUACUCACAAGAUUCUACGAGACAGGCAGCAUCCGGCCCGGCAGCAUCGGCGGCAGCAAGACGAAGCAAGUAGCUACGCCGACUGUGGUAAAAAAAAUUUUACGGAUGAAACAGGAACAACCGACGAUGUUCGCCUGGGAAAUCCGCGAGCAGCUCGCGCGGCAGGGAGCUUGCGAUCCCCAGAGCUUACCCUCCGUAUCGUCGGUGAAUCGCAUCCUCAGAGGCGGCGGGCUUCACACCGAUAUCCCUACCAUCGAGAGCGGCACAUCCGGCGGAUACACGUCGCAAAUUCCGUCGAACGCUGGAACCAGAGACACGCUCAUGAGAACGGACUAUCAAUUGUUCUACCCGGGAGCUCUAGGACCGCUGCACAUCUCCACGAAUACCGGCACCACCGGCACAUCGUCGUGGAAUCAGAGCUUUUACUCGUCCCUCUAUCAAGCGACAACCUUGCACUUGCAGCACGGGAUGCAGUCGUUCGCACCUCUAGACGCUGAACGCCUGUCGGAGCAAAAUGGCGCGCAAAGUCAGCUGGAGUUGAAGUCGAGCUCGAGCUCGACAGCUGGUAGCGACGAUUCGCUGGACAAGAGCGACUUGGACGAGAAUCUGGUCGAGUCGCAAGACCAUUAUAAGUCCUUCCGCAGCACGCCGAUCAUUCUGGAGCUCAGCCAGAAGAUCGGCAGCGAUCGGAGCGCGUUUGUCAGGCACGGCACGCCCAAUUCGCAGGUCGCGAAUAUGGACAACUCGCGAGGGAGUCCCGUAUCGAUCAUCGAAACGUCGAAGCAAGAUCCUCCAACGUCGCACCGGAUUCUCGAGACGAAGAACAACAGCCCGAACACGAUGAUGACGACGAACGAAGGAGCGGCGGUGGAGAAUCAACCGCCGCAGCCGCAAAAGAAGAAGAAUCCCUACUCGAUAGAGGAACUGCUGAAGAAGGACGAGAACAAAUCCGCGCCGAGGCGGCCGAGACUGCCCAAUCUCGGUGUGGUGCAGCCCUGCGGGAUCAUCGUCAGUAAAGAGAUCUAAGGAGAACCGAGGAUGUCGAAGCGCCCGAGCACGCGAAGAAGAACGUCAGGGUGAAACUCUUUGUGUAUGCGAAGUACGAACCGAUGGUGAAUCCUUGCCGAUAUUGCACAGUGUGGGCGUACAUCAUCGACUGUAGGUACGUGUGUAGUAUUAACGGGUGCAAAGAAAAAGCUGAGAGAUAUGUGUGAAGUGUUCGAUCGAUUGAACAGCUCGCUGUCUUGACGCGUAACUCGAAAGUCAUUUCUUUGCACUUGGUGAGUAGCCGUUGCGGACGCAGUGAGAGUAGCGAAUGUCCUAAGUGUCUAACUUUGAGUAUCGAUUAAGUAUAGGAGUUUGAUAGAAGAGAGAUUAAACGGAUGGUUAAAGGCUUUCCCAUUUCUUCCUCGAAAGGGAACGCGGCUGUUUUGUGAAGUUAAAUACAAGCCAUACGUAAUGAUAGGAUCGAUGAUAUAUUGUCGAUUGUAACGUAGCGAAGUAUACGUAAUCCUUGUGUAAGUAAGUUAACUUAUAAUUAAAUUAUUUUCGUUCUUUCCGUUCCGCGUUGCUAAUCUUGACCGCCGUUUCUCGCCGGAUCGACACGCGACUGUUAAUCGGCCAUUUUAAGACUCUGCUUAAGCCGCGGCCCCGCCGCCUAGUUACUAAUCGGGAAAAGAAGCGCUUGGGAAUCCAGCAAAAGUUUUCCACCACUUUCACUAAUUUAUUUCGAAUAGUUCGUCGAGUAACGUCGCUGGUUUACCCGCGCGUAAUUACCGCGUUAACGUAACGCAAUAAAUUUAGCACUUUCCGGCCGCUAAGUCGCGCAAUAAAACUCGACGUUUGCACAUUCCUCUCGAGCCUAAUCGAGAAGUACUUCUGCGCUCGCACAAUAAUCACCGACGGGUACAAAGGUGAGCUGGAAUGCCUGAUCAAAGUCGACGGUGGAAAUUUCAAUCUAGCUUCGUUCGAACGUGAACGGCCAACUGUACUUUUGACAUAUCCGACAGGCCGCUCGACGGUAUCGUUUCGCGACAGGAACGUCCGAGGUCUUCAAGGAAAUGUACGAACGGGCAAUCAUGCGUCCGCGCGUCCAUUGUGAUUCGCGCUUUAGAACCCGAUGAAAAUAGCCGGCGCGAUGCCGUUACACACGGCGUGCCGAGAUCGGGCAAUUAAACGAAAGCCUAAUAAACAAACGGCUGUAAAGCACGCGGAUGGGAUGUGCGCGUGAGUCGCGGCGGCGGUGCAGUAAAGCCAUAAACGGUUCGGUCGAGGGUGUCAUACGUGGACACGCUGUGUGUAUACCUUGUAAAAUACGACGAUACGUUGCUUGCGUAAAGAAAAAAAAAAAAAA